AUGAACUCACGCGCCGACGCUGAACUAACAACCACAACGCGCGCCAACGUCAGCAUCACACCGUGGCGAGUCCUCUCCGUCCUCUUCAGCGUCGACACCGCCCGCCGGAUCGCGAGCGAGGAGAGCCGUGACAUCGUGCGGUGCGCGUGGAUGCUUCUACGGCACGACGUCCCGCCUGUCGCUGUCGCGCGGGCCCGUGACGUCUACACGGGCAUGCGAGGCCUAGAUUGGCGCGGCGCGAUGUGGGCGCCUCGCACCCUCGCCUCGGCAAUGACGGGGGUGCUGCUCGAUUCACUCGGUGCCAGCUUCGUCAAGCUGUCCCAAGUGAUUGCGCACUCGCCGAUGGUCGCGCCUGCCGUGCUGGUUCGCACGUGCAAAUCAUCCCUCGCUCAGUGCUCGGCGCCGGUGGUACCCUAUGACGAAGUCGAGUCCCUGAUCUGCGACCAGCUGCAGAUCGAGAGCGUCGAGGAGGUGUUCCAGAGCCUUGAGCGCGCGCCGCUGGCGUCGGCGAGCAUCGCGCAGGUGCACGGCGGCACGCUUCGCGACGGGCGGCGCGUGGUGGUCAAGGUUGUGCGACCAGGCGUGCGAGAGCGCCUCACGGUCGACUUGGGCGUGCUCUGGCUGCUCGCCCGGGUGGCCGACGUGCUGAUGGCGCCCCUCAUCGCCGAGCUGCUCUCGAGCUCGGCUGCCGCGAUGGUGGACGAGGUACGAGUGCCCAUCCUGGCCGAGUACCGCUCGUGGCUGCGCUCCUCCGCGGCCGUCCGCCGUGCGGGACUCGACGGGGCGGUCACCGUGCCGGAGCCGGUCGAGGCCGCCUGCUCGACCGCUGUGCUCACUGCGGAGCGGAUUGACGGAGAGGUGCUCUCGGAGAUGCGCGAGAGGAGCCGCAGUGAGAGGAGCCGCAGUGAGAGGAGCCGCAGCACGCCUGCGACGGGGGAUGCGACGUCGGAGGCGGCCGACGAGGCUGCGGAGGCAAGCGAUGCGCCGCUCAUGCCGCAGGGUGCGGGGGCCGCUUGGAAGACGGCUCUCGCGCGAGCUCUCGCCGUGCAGGCGCUCUCUGUGCUCGACGACUCGGGCGUGGCCGGUGCGGGGGGCCUCUUCCACGCCGACCUGCACGCAGGCAACAUGAUUGUCUGCGAGCGCAGCAGCUCGAUCGCCUUCGUCGACUUUGGCGUGUGCGGCAGCCUUCCGCCGUGGCUGCGCGGCGCGCUGCUGCUGCAGGCGCUCUCGUUUGUCCUUGGAGACACGGCGUAUUUCGCAGAGGGGUUCGCCUUCGCUCUCCGCUCAAUGCCGACCGCAGCCGCAGCCCCACCUCUCGACACGGCGGCCCUCUCCGCCGACCUCGCCCCUCUCUUCGCCGAGCUCGCACCUAUCAACCCGCUGCGACCGGAGGCGGACGGCACCAUCGACCCGGCGCUCUAUCCGCUGCUGUUGCGUGGGCAGCUGCUCCUGCACGAACACGGCGUCCAGCUGCCGAAGGAGUUCGCGCUUCUCAUCAAGACGAUGCUCUUUGGCGCAGACUACAUCACCCUCUUCCGCGGCGAGGAGAUCGGCCUCCUCUCCAGCGCCCUCGGCUCGGCAGCGGUCGCCUACGCGGUGAGCAACCGGCGCGAAGUGUCGCGCGUCCUGCAGCCUCGCGCCAUCGCCAAGAUCGGCGCGUACACGACGCGACAUCAAACCCACGCCGCGGCCAGCUUGGUGCGGGAUAGAGGCCGCGCCCUGCUCGGCACCGUGUGGCGGUGGAUGCUCGCCGCCGUGUACCAUCUCUCUCCCAUGACCACUCUCACCACGCUCAAGCGCUCCAGGACGGACGCCUGGGCGCUCCUCUUUCUGUUCGUCAGCAUGGCGGCGGCCUUAGUCGCUUGGCUGGCGAGCGAGUUGGGUCUCCACGGUGCUGCCGAUGCGGGUGUCGGCACGGCCUUGAUGUUCAACGUCAGCGCCGGCGGGGUUCAAUGA